CCGGCAGGGUAGAAGCACUGCAGCCUGCAGGAAGGCGCUGAGGCCUCAGGAUCACACCGGCAGCUCCUCUGCAGCCCCGGCUCCUCGCUGUGCAUCUGAGCAGACCAUGGCCAGCCCUCUGUGUGCCCCACUGCUCCUGCUGGCCAUCCUGGCCGUGACCCUGGCCGUGACCCUGGCCAAGACCGUGGCCAAGAGCUCCAAACGUUCGGGCGGCAUCGAGGAAGCAGAUGUCAGUGAUGAGGAAGUGCAGCAGGCGCUGGACUUGCCAUCAGCAAAGACAACGAGGAGAGCAAUGACGUGUACUACAGCCGAGUGCGGCAGGUGUGCGUGCCCGCCAGCAGGAAAAGCUCUGCUCUUUUGAGAUCUACAGUGUUC